AUGGCGACGUCAACACCCUAUACCGGCAAGUCUAUCACGGAUACCUUAGCUACGGAACUUCUUGGCAUGAUCUGCGGAUACCUACCUCGAGAAGAUCUGCUAAGUUUUCGACUGACAAGUAAAACCUGUGCUGAAGUUGCGUCGAAAGAUCUCGUUCAGGAUUUGAAUGUUAUGUUUACAGAGAAGAGUUUCGAAAACCUGUUGAAUAUAUCAAAACAACCAAGUCUCUCGAAGCAUGUCAGAAGCUUAUAUUAUGAGCCACGUACCCUACGUCCUGUUUCAAGAGUGGCACUCGAGACUGCAAUGCAAAUGGAUUGGUAUGCAGACAAUGGCCCCACGCCAUAUCCCAUUUCUCGAGAACCCAUUGAAUACUGGGAGUCAUACUCCGAUAUUUCGAACCGCGAGUCGCAUAUAAUGGUAUCGUACUACGAUAUAUCUGUGCUGGCACAAGCCCUCCCAAAUUUCAAAAAUCUCAAAAAGAUUAGAGUGGAUAGUGACGGAUUGCCAUCUCCUCAGGCCAGUUCUGCUCACAUUCCAACAGGAAAUGAAUGUAAAUGGCUACUCCACCAUGAUCCAACUGACCAGAAUUGCACUAGAUUUCGAGCGCUACUAUCGAUUCUUACUGCGGUUAGCCUGCCAGGCACAGAAUUAACCAGUUUUACCGCUACGGUCAUUCCUGAUAGGUUUUUCCGCAUCUUCAAUGGUAACCGCAAUCUUAUGCUUCCAAUAGCUCCAUAUCUCAAGCGUAUUGAUAUAUCGCUUGCCCCGAUCGACUGGCUCAAGACAUCCCGUGAAGUCGACCUAGGUAUACACAAAUUUUUGAGGCCUGCUGCGAAUCUCGAGGAUCUUCGUAUCGCGAUUGAUAGGAAAUAUCUAAAUGAUGGUUGGGAUCACAAUACGCCGAUUCCUUGGAAUUCUGUUGUUGGAUCGUGGAAAAUUCCGAAACUGCGCAAUCUCAUCCUCUGUAAUGCCUCGGGUACUCAGGAAUGCUUCUCCAAGUUUUUGGAGGACCACACAGAAACGCUAGAUUAUGUGUGUAUGGAAAACAUGUGGUUGGAGGGAGAUAUCUCUGGAUGGGGAAGCGUUUUUACUACACUUCAGAGCCUAGCGCUCUCGACCUGCCAGCUCGAAGGUACUUGGGCCGGGAGAUGGGAUGCAAAAACGAAUGAGCCGCUGUCGGUCAGCAUGGACUUACGAUACUAUCAAAUCCACUCUGAGCGCUACCCAGGCCUAUCUGUGCUGCUAAAACGCCUCGAAGAUGACGAGAGUCUUGUACCGAAUCUUAAGAGAUUGCUACAGCUUUUCAUUGUUGACGGGCCUUUACCUGCCGGAGACCUAAAGUUUACAGCAAGCAAAGCUUGGGAAAUUGCCGUGCGCCAAGCAAAAUUCCCGAGGGGUGACAUUGAUGGCGCCUGA